CUUCCCUUCCCCCAAUCCAAUCUACCGCCGCCGCGAAGUCUGAAUUUCAAGUUCCCCUGAUAAAUUGAUAAACCCAGAAUGACAAUUUCCCAGCGGCUUUUGACCAGCAGAGUCUGAGCACGAUCAAGAACACCACAGGACGUUGUGAGGGAUGUCUUUCGCAACUUACUCUUCACCGGUAACUAGUCGGUCGAACUCUGUUUGCUGACAAAGAGAAGAAGACUGCAUUUGCUGAGGUCUAUCUCUUUGGUUCACCAACUUCCUAUUGUCUUUUCUUCCGCCAGGUGCAGGAGAAUCCGCUUGGCUAAAAUGAGCUCAACACCAAUGCCGACGUGUCCUAAAUUUAUUCCUGUUGAAGGGGGUGAAGUUUGUUCUAGAAGCAAGGCUAAUGGCUUAAGAUUCAGUGUUGUCUCUUACAACAUCUUGGCUCAGGCGUACGUGAAGAGUUCUCUUUUUCCACACUCUCCAUCUGCUUGCUUGAAGUGGAAGGCUCGUAGCCAGGCAAUCCUAACUGUUUUGAAAAGCUUAGGAGCAGACUUCCUCUGCUUGCAGGAAUUGGAUGAAUAUGAUAGCUUUUUCAACAUGAACAUGGUGAACCAUGGUUAUGCUAGUAUUUAUAUUCAACGGACUGGCAUUAAGCGUGAUGGUUGUGGAAUCUUCUAUAAACUCGACAGUGCCGAGUUGCUCUUAGAGGAAAGGGUGGAGUACAACGAUCUUGUAAACUCAGUUCCAGGUGAAGCAAAUGCACAUGGCGAUAAACAGAACUGUCGACGUACUAACUCCGGUAGUAAUGGUGAGUCAGAAUUCUCGUUUUCAUCAAAGAACACUCGCGAAGACCGAGGAGAUCCUAACGACCCUCUUGUGAGAUUGAAGCGAGACUGUGUUGGGAUAAUGGCUGCUUUCAAACUCAAGGGUCCCUUCCAUCAUGUUGUUAUAGUUGCAAAUACACAUCUUUACUGGGAUCCAAAAUUGGCUGAUGUUAAGCUCGCACAAGCAAAGUAUCUUCUCUCGCGGCUGGCAAAGUUCAAGAUGCUGGUUUCUGAGAAGUUCGAUUAUGCACCUGAAGUCAUCCUGGCUGGCGACUUCAACUCAACCCCCGGUGACAAGGUUUACCGGUACCUCGUCUCUGGCGAUGCUUUGAACUCACCUACAGUGGAAUGUCUGGAUGAGCUACCUGUUCCCUUGCGCAGUGUCUACUCUGAAACCAGGGGCGGAGAACCUCCAUUCACAAACUGCACUCCAAGCUUCACUAACACACUCGACUACAUAUUCUUUUCACCUGGCGAUCAGAUCAAACCAGUCAGCUUCCUUGAACUUCCUGAAGCAGAUGCUGCUCAUGUUGUUGGUGGUCUACCAAACGAUUAUCACCCGAGCGAUCACCUUCCUAUCGGUGCUCACUUCGAGAUUAGCAAUGAAUAGGACUUCCCUUUGGAGCAAGGAAAAGCAGAUAUUUGUAACACCUUCAGCAAUUGAAGAAAUGAAUCUUUUUUUUUUUUUUUUGGAGGUAGAAAGUAUUUGGAAUUUCAUUUUUUUAAUAAAAUAAGAAGACACUUAAUUUUCCACAUUCUGACAUAAUUUCUUAGACAAAGGCAGGGAAUGGAACUAAAUACUGAAAAUGCAAUUGCAAAUACAUU